UCGUGGAUGUUUAUUUUUCUUAUAGUCUAUAAGAAUAAGUGUAAAACAUGACAAUGUUAUUGAUAUAAUCUUUAUUAUUUAAAAUAUUAAUAAUAAUUGAUAAUCUUUUCAUCUAUAUAUUUACAUACGUAACGUGAAAAUGUCAGAAUAUGAUAAAGUGAGAACUGGAAAACUUGUUUUGAAAGGUGAAAAAAAAAGAACGAAAAAGAGGAAAUUGAAAAAACAAGAGAAAGGACAUAUUAUAACCUCAGAAGAUAAAGAUACCAUAAGUCAUGGUGGUUGGUGGAAAGCUACACAAGUGUCAGAAGUUACAGGAACAGUAGCAAUUGAAUUUGGAAAUCAUAUCUACAUGAAAGCGUUAGAUAAUGGACUAUUUACCUUAGGUGCACCUCACAAUGAAGGCGAAGGGCCUUUACCAGAAGAGAUUCUAACAGCUUUUCCAAUAAGUGAAACUAAAGUUGCCUUGAAAUCUGGUUAUGGAAAAUACUUAGGUAUUGAUAAAAAAGGCGUUGUCAUUGGAAGAAGUGAUGCAGUAGGCAUGAUUGAACAGUGGGAACCAAUAUUUCAGGAUAACAAGCUUGCUAUUUUAAAUAGCAACGAUUGUUUCAUAUCAGUUACAGAUGAAGAUGAUAUUAUUUGUCAGAAAAGGACCGCUGGAUCUUCUGAGUUUUGUACUAUAAGAAGUAUAACUCAAAAAGCUCAAGAUCCAAAUAAAGACAUUCCCAAAGAGGAACAGGGUUCUCUUCAUGAUGUUGAAGUGAAUUAUGUGAGGAAAUUCCAGAAAUUCCAGGAUAAAAAAUUAAGAAUAAGUAAAGAGGAUAGUUCUAAACUAGAGAAAGCAAAACGAGAAGGAACUUUACAUGAAGCUUUAUUAGAUAGAAGAAGCAAGAUGAAGGCAGAUCGAUAUUGUAAAUAAUUUUAUACAAAAUAGCAUUAUGUAUUUAAACAUGUAUUUAAACAAUUACUGACUUCUAAAAUGUAUAAAUCUUUAAUAAAAAUAUGAAAAAAGUA